GUGCGCUCGCGCUCGCCCUCGGCUCUUGUUCCGCGCCGGGAGCCAGCGGCGGCGGCAGUGGCUGAGGCGGCUGCGGGAGCGGAGCGGUCGCCGGGCGCGCUGGGGGACGCCGGCUGCACUCGGGGCAGGCGCUCUGCAGUGAGACAGUAAAUGCAUCCCCCGUGCACUGCUGCAGGGUGACAUCUGGACUGGGCUCCCGGCCUCUCGCACGCUCGGCUGCCCACAAGUGCCCGGAUCAACUUGCUGAAAACCGCGUGUCCGCCUCUCCUCCAGCCCUCCCCUUGAUGCUUUCCCUGAAGGAGCCUGGGCCUGAUGUGGAAUAAUUACGAUGCCUUCCCCAGUGUCUCUGCUUGGGACCCUGCUACAGGUAUUCCUACUGUGGCCUUCUCGCUUGCUUCAAGAAUAUCUUCGGGGAAACCGGUCCUCUACAUAAACUGAGCAUUUAGGGUGGAGCUAUAUUCCAACUACUUCAUUUGCUUUCAUCGUGAGAAGAAUUUAUAGGUAUUCCAUUUUUGUCUAACUCUCUUUGUCUCUCCUAUUGGAGUUGUUGAAUUUUGGGAGCCAGCCAAGGAAGGAAUUAGAAAUUUUAAUUGAGACCCUUCCAAUCAUCGAGGAAGAUGGUGGCCCUGUCCUUAAAGAUCUGUGUCCGCCACUGUAAUGUGGUGAAGACCAUGCAGUUUGAGCCAUCAACCGCUGUGUAUGAUGCGUGUCGAGUUAUCCGGGAACGGGUCCCUGAGGCACAGACUGGGCAAGCUUCUGACUAUGGGCUGUUUCUUUCGGAUGAAGACCCCAGGAAGGGGAUAUGGCUGGAAGCGGGCAGAACACUGGAUUACUACAUGUUGCGAAACGGGGAUAUUCUGGAAUAUAAAAAGAAGCAGAGACCUCAAAAAAUCCGCAUGCUAGAUGGGUCUGUGAAGACGGUGAUGGUGGACGACUCCAAGACCGUGGGCGAGCUCCUGGUCACCAUUUGCAGCAGGAUAGGAAUAACAAACUAUGAAGAAUACUCUUUAAUUCAAGAAACUAUCGAAGAGAAGAAAGAAGAAGGCACGGGUACACUCAAAAAAGACAGGACGCUGUUACGAGAUGAGAGGAAAAUGGAGAAGUUGAAGGCCAAGCUCCACACAGAUGAUGACCUAAACUGGCUGGAUCACAGCCGAACAUUCAGAGAACAAGGAGUAGAUGAAAACGAGACAUUGCUGCUUAGACGGAAGUUCUUUUACUCCGAUCAGAACGUAGAUUCCAGAGACCCUGUGCAGCUGAACUUGCUUUAUGUUCAGGCUCGAGAUGACAUCUUGAAUGGCUCCCACCCUGUCUCCUUCGAGAAAGCUUGCGAGUUUGGUGGAUUUCAAGCCCAGAUACAGUUUGGACCUCAUGUGGAGCAUAAACACAAGCCCGGAUUCUUGGAUCUAAAGGAAUUCUUGCCCAAAGAAUACAUCAAGCAGAGAGGAGCUGAAAAGAGAAUAUUUCAGGAGCAUAAGAACUGUGGAGAGAUGAGUGAAAUAGAAGCCAAGGUCAAGUACGUCAAACUCGCCCGGUCCCUCCGGACGUACGGCGUAUCUUUCUUCCUGGUGAAGGAAAAGAUGAAAGGCAAGAACAAGCUGGUGCCUCGCCUGCUGGGCAUCACCAAGGACUCAGUGAUGCGUGUGGACGAGAAGACCAAGGAAGUGCUGCAGGAGUGGCCCCUCACCACGGUCAAGCGCUGGGCAGCCUCGCCCAAGAGCUUCACACUGGAUUUUGGGGAGUAUCAGGAAAGCUAUUAUUCAGUGCAGACUACCGAGGGAGAGCAAAUAUCUCAACUGAUUGCUGGCUACAUUGACAUCAUCCUCAAAAAGAAACAAAGUAAAGAUAGAUUUGGACUAGAAGGCGAUGAGGAAUCAACUAUGUUAGAAGAGUCUGUUUCCCCGAAGAAGUCCACCAUCCUGCAGCAGCAGUUCAACCGGACCGGGAAGGCGGAGCACGGCUCGGUGGCACUGCCGGCCGUGAUGCGCUCCGGCUCCAGCGGGCCUGAGACCUUCAACAUCGGCAGCAUGCCCUCGCCGCAGCAGCAGGUCAUGGUUGGGCAGAUGCACCGGGGCCACAUGCCGCCGCUGACCUCAGCCCAGCAGGCCCUGAUGGGCACCAUCAACACAAGUAUGCACGCCGUCCAGCAGGCCCAGGAUGACCUUGGAGAGCUCGACGCACUGCCGCCUCUUGGCCAGGAUAUGGCGUCAAGGGUAUGGGUUCAGAAUAAAGUCGACGAAUCCAAACAUGAAAUCCAUUCUCAAGUCGAUGCUAUCACAGCUGGAACGGCUUCAGUUGUUAACCUCACUGCGGGUGACCCCGCAGACACUGACUACACAGCUGUGGGGUGUGCGAUCACCACUAUUUCUUCCAACCUGACCGAGAUGUCCAAGGGCGUGAAGCUGUUGGCCGCCCUCAUGGACGACGAGGUGGGCAGCGGGGAGGACCUCCUGCGAGCAGCGAGGACCCUUGCUGGGGCAGUGUCAGACUUGCUGAAGGCUGUGCAGCCGACUUCUGGAGAGCCCCGGCAGACAGUUUUAACGGCAGCUGGAAGCAUCGGACAAGCCAGUGGGGACCUUCUGAGGCAGAUCGGAGAGAAUGAGACUGACGAGCGGUUCCAGGAUGUUUUAAUGAGCUUGGCCAAGGCCGUUGCCAACGCUGCUGCCAUGUUGGUGCUGAAGGCUAAGAAUGUUGCCCAGGUGGCCGAAGACACCGUCCUGCAGAACAGGGUGAUUGCUGCUGCCACUCAAUGCGCCCUUUCUACCUCUCAGCUUGUGGCGUGUGCCAAGGUCGUGAGCCCCACCAUCAGCUCCCCCGUGUGCCAGGAGCAGCUGAUCGAGGCGGGGAAGCUGGUGGACCGCUCGGUGGAGAACUGUGUCCGCGCCUGCCAGGCGGCCACUGCCGACAGCGAGCUGCUGAAGCAGGUCAGCGCGGCGGCCAGCGUGGUCAGCCAGGCCCUGCACGACCUCCUGCAGCACGUGCGGCAGUUCGCCAGCCGCGGGGAGCCCAUCGGCCGCUAUGACCAGGCCACCGACACCAUCAUGUGUGUCACCGAGAGCAUCUUCAGCUCCAUGGGUGAUGCUGGUGAGAUGGUGCGCCAGGCCCGGGUGCUGGCUCAGGCCACGUCAGACCUCGUCAAUGCCAUGAGAUCAGAUGCAGAGGCUGAAAUUGACAUGGAGAAUUCAAAGAAGCUCCUGGCAGCAGCAAAACUCCUGGCCGACUCCACUGCCCGCAUGGUGGAAGCCGCAAAGGGUGCUGCAGCCAACCCGGAGAACGAGGACCAGCAGCAGCGCCUGCGAGAAGCCGCCGAAGGCCUCCGCGUGGCCACCAACGCCGCUGCCCAGAACGCUAUUAAGAAAAAAAUCAUCAACCGGCUGGAGGUUGCUGCCAAGCAGGCUGCAGCUGCAGCCACACAGACCAUCGCGGCCUCCCAGAACGCAGCUGUCUCCAACAAGAACCCCGCAGCCCAGCAGCAGCUGGUCCAGAGCUGCAAGGCGGUGGCUGAUCAUAUCCCGCAGCUGGUCCAGGGUGUGAGAGGGAGCCAGGCUCAAACAGAAGACCUCAGCGCCCAGCUGGCUCUCAUCAUUUCCAGCCAGAACUUUCUCCAGCCAGGAAGCAAGAUGGUGUCCUCCGCGAGGGCUGCAGUGCCCACCGUGAGCGACCAGGCUGCAGCCAUGCAGCUGAGCCAGUGUGCCAAGAACCUGGCGACCAGCUUGGCCGAGCUGCGCACCGCCUCACAGAAGGCCCAUGAAGCCUGUGGCCCUAUGGAAAUCGAUUCAGCUCUGAACACAGUACAGACCCUUAAGAAUGAGCUGCAGGAUGCCAAGAUGGCAGCCGUGGAAAGUCAGCUCAAACCACUGCCUGGGGAAACGCUGGAGAAGUGUGCACAGGACCUGGGAAGCACCUCUAAGGCAGUGGGCUCCUCCAUGGCGCAGCUCCUCACCUGUGCUGCCCAAGGCAAUGAGCACUACACAGGAGUGGCUGCUAGAGAGACAGCCCAGGCUCUGAAAACACUGGCCCAGGCUGCCCGGGGAGUGGCCGCAUCCACAAGUGACCCUGCAGCUGCCCACGCCAUGUUGGAUUCUGCUCGGGACGUGAUGGAGGGCUCCGCCAUGCUCAUCCAAGAAGCCAAGCAGGCCCUGAUUGCACCUGGAGAUGCAGAGAGUCAGCAGAGGCUAGCUCAGGUGGCCAAAGCCGUGUCACACUCCUUGAAUAACUGCGUGAACUGCCUCCCUGGGCAGAAGGAUGUGGACGUGGCCUUGAAGAGCAUUGGGGAGUCCAGCAAGAAGCUGCUUGUGGAUUCGCUCCCUCCCAGCACAAAGCCUUUCCAGGAAGCUCAGAGUGAACUGAACCAGGCAGCAGCUGAUCUGAACCAGUCUGCUGGGGAAGUCGUCCACGCAACCCGGGGUCAGAGCGGAGAACUGGCCGCAGCCUCUGGAAAGUUCAGUGAUGAUUUCGACGAAUUCCUCGAUGCUGGCAUUGAGAUGGCUGGCCAAGCACAGACGAAAGAAGACCAGAUCCAGGUGAUAGGGAACCUCAAGAACAUCUCCAUGGCAUCCAGCAAGCUCUUGUUAGCAGCCAAAUCUCUCUCUGUAGAUCCGGGAGCUCCCAACGCGAAGAAUCUCCUGGCCGCAGCAGCAAGAGCUGUGACAGAGAGCAUCAAUCAGCUCAUCACUUUGUGCACCCAGCAAGCUCCUGGCCAGAAGGAGUGUGACAACGCCCUCCGGGAGCUCGAGACUGUCAAGGGCAUGUUGGACAAUCCUAAUGAGCCUGUUAGUGACCUCUCUUACUUUGACUGCAUUGAGAGCGUCAUGGAGAACUCCAAGGUUCUGGGCGAGUCAAUGGCAGGGAUUUCACAGAACGCCAAGACCGGGGACCUCCCUGCCUUUGGGGAAUGUGUGGGGAUUGCAUCCAAGGCUCUCUGUGGGCUGACGGAGGCCGCGGCCCAGGCUGCAUACCUAGUUGGCAUCUCUGAUCCAAACAGCCAGGCAGGCCACCAGGGUCUCGUGGACCCCAUCCAGUUUGCAAGGGCAAACCAGGCGAUCCAGAUGGCAUGCCAGAACCUGGUGGACCCCGGCAGCAGCCCGUCACAGGUCCUGUCGGCUGCCACGAUUGUUGCCAAGCACACCUCGGCCUUGUGCAAUGCCUGCCGCAUCGCCUCGUCCAAGACGGCCAACCCUGUGGCCAAGAGGCACUUUGUGCAGUCAGCCAAGGAGGUUGCCAACAGCACCGCCAACCUGGUAAAGACCAUCAAGGCCCUGGAUGGGGACUUUUCUGAAGACAACCGCAAUAAGUGUCGUGUUGCCACCGCACCGUUGAUCGAGGCCGUGGAGAACCUGGCGGCGUUCGCCUCGAACCCUGAGUUUGUCAGUGUUCCUGCACAGAUCAGCUCGGAGGGUUCCCAGGCACAGGAACCCAUCCUGGUCUCAGCCAAGACCAUGCUGGAGAGCUCUUCAUACCUCAUCCGCACCGCCCGCUCUCUGGCCAUCAACCCAAAAGACCCACCCACCUGGUCUGUGCUCGCUGGACAUUCCCACACCGUGUCCGACUCCAUCAAGAGUCUCAUCACGUCUAUCAGGGACAAGGCCCCUGGUCAGAGAGAGUGCGACUAUUCCAUCGAUGGCAUCAACCGGUGCAUCCGGGACAUCGAGCAAGCCUCACUGGCAGCUGUCAGCCAGAGCCUGGCCACGAGGGACGACAUCUCUGUGGAGGCCUUGCAGGAACAGCUGACGUCGGUGGUCCAGGAAAUCGGGCACCUCAUCGAUCCCAUUGCCACAGCGGCUCGGGGAGAGGCAGCUCAGCUGGGACAUAAGGUGACGCAGCUGGCGAGCUACUUCGAGCCCUUGAUCUUGGCCGCAGUUGGUGUCGCCUCCAAGAUUCUUGACCAUCAGCAGCAGAUGACGGUGCUGGACCAGACCAAGACGCUCGCAGAGUCUGCCCUGCAGAUGUUGUACGCGGCCAAAGAAGGAGGCGGGAACCCCAAGGCACAGCACACCCACGACGCCAUCACAGAGGCCGCCCAGCUGAUGAAGGAAGCCGUGGACGACAUCAUGGUGACGCUGAAUGAAGCUGCCAGUGAAGUGGGGCUGGUAGGAGGCAUGGUGGACGCCAUCGCAGAAGCCAUGAGCAAGCUUGACGAAGGCACUCCUCCCGAACCAAAGGGAACAUUUGUCGACUAUCAGACAACUGUGGUCAAAUACUCCAAAGCCAUUGCAGUGACGGCUCAGGAAAUGAUGACUAAGUCGGUUACUAACCCGGAGGAGUUGGGAGGACUGGCUUCACAAAUGACCAGUGACUAUGGGCACCUGGCCCUCCAGGGCCAAAUGGCAGCAGCCACGGCGGAACCAGAAGAGAUCGGCUUCCAGAUUCGCACACGCGUGCAGGACCUGGGCCACGGCUGUAUCUUCCUGGUGCAAAAGGCCGGGGCCCUCCAGGUCUGCCCCACGGACAGCUACACCAAGAGGGAGCUGAUCGAGUGUGCGCGGGCGGUCACGGAGAAGGUGUCCUUGGUGCUGUCAGCCCUGCAGGCUGGGAACAAGGGGACCCAGGCAUGCAUCACAGCCGCUACUGCGGUGUCUGGGAUCAUCGCCGACCUGGACACCACCAUCAUGUUUGCCACGGCAGGGACGCUGAACGCGGAGAACAGCGAGACCUUUGCGGACCACAGGGAGAACAUUCUGAAGACAGCCAAGGCCUUGGUGGAAGACACGAAGCUGCUUGUGUCGGGGGCUGCAUCCACUCCAGACAAGCUGGCCCAGGCGGCGCAGUCCUCGGCAGCCACCAUCACCCAGCUGGCCGAGGUGGUCAAGCUGGGGGCAGCCAGCCUGGGCUCCGAUGACCCUGAGACCCAGGUGGUGCUGAUCAACGCCAUCAAAGAUGUGGCCAAGGCCCUUUCUGACCUCAUUGGUGCAACCAAGGGAGCUGCCAGCAAGCCAGCUGAUGACCCCUCCAUGUACCAGCUCAAGGGAGCCGCAAAGGUGAUGGUGACCAACGUCACUUCUCUCCUCAAGACUGUGAAGGCAGUGGAGGAUGAAGCCACCCGGGGCACAAGGGCGCUGGAGGCCACCAUCGAGUACAUAAAGCAGGAGCUCACGGUGUUCCAGUCCCAAGAGGUACCUGAAAAGACAUCGUCACCUGAAGAAUCGAUAAGGAUGACGAAGGGCAUCACCAUGGCAACAGCCAAAGCUGUGGCAGCGGGGAACUCGUGUAGACAGGAGGACGUGAUUGCCACCGCCAACCUGAGCCGCAAAGCCGUUUCAGACAUGUUGACGGCUUGCAAGAUGCCUUCUCUCUCCCUGCAGCAAGCAUCCUUCCACGCCGAUGUCAGCGAGGAGGUACGAAGCAGAGCCUUGCGCCACGGGACGGAGUGCGCCCUCGGCUACCUGGACCUGCUGGAGCAUGUGCUAGUGAUCCUUCAGAAACCAACCCCGGAACUCAAGCAUCAGCUGGCUGCUUUCUCCAAGAGGGUCGCCGGCGCCGUGACGGAGCUCAUUCAGGCCGCCGAAGCCAUGAAAGGAACAGAAUGGGUGGAUCCAGAAGACCCAACCGUCAUCGCAGAAACAGAAUUACUGGGGGCUGCAGCAUCCAUUGAGGCUGCUGCAAAGAAAUUAGAGCAGCUAAAGCCAAGAGCAAAGCCAAAACAAGCGGAUGAGACCCUGGAUUUUGAAGAACAGAUCUUGGAAGCCGCGAAAUCCAUUGCUGCUGCCACGAGUGCCCUGGUGAAAUCGGCCUCAGCGGCCCAGAGGGAGCUGGUGGCCCAAGGAAAGGUGGGCUCCAUCCCAGCCAACGCGGCAGAUGACGGACAGUGGUCCCAAGGGCUGAUUUCUGCCGCCCGGAUGGUGGCGGCCGCAACCAGCAGUCUCUGCGAGGCGGCCAACGCCUCCGUCCAGGGACACGCCAGCGAGGAGAAGCUGAUCUCAUCCGCCAAGCAGGUCGCCGCUUCCACGGCUCAGCUGCUUGUGGCCUGCAAGGUGAAGGCCGACCAGGACUCAGAGGCUAUGAGGCGGCUACAGGUAAUGGUCACUGAUGCUGGUGGGAAAAUUCUCCUGCUGGAGAGGGCGGCAGGAAAUGCGGUGAAAAGAGCCUCAGACAAUCUUGUUCGUGCAGCCCAAAAGGCAGCAUUUGGCAAAGCGGAUGAUGACGAUGUCGUAGUGAAAACAAAGUUUGUGGGGGGCAUCGCGCAGAUCAUCGCUGCCCAGGAGGAGAUGCUCAAGAAAGAGCGGGAACUGGAAGAAGCAAGGAAAAAGCUGGCCCAGAUCCGCCAGCAGCAGUAUAAAUUCCUACCCACGGAGCUAAGGGAGGAUGAAGGCUAAGGCCAGGCCGAGGCGGUGAGCCCCGGGGGAAAGCCCUGCAAGAACUGGAAAGACUGUGUUCCCGAGUGCCGGGCACCUCCCUGGAAACUGCCUGCCUCCCCCGGGGCCCGCCCAGAGCCCCCCUUCUCUGUCCUGUCGGCACCGGCUGCAUGAUCGUGAUGUCACACGGUACAGUGUCCUACCCACAGCCCCUCCACCACCACCCCUCGUGCCUCGUGUAUCUCAGGAGAGAGGGGCGCACCUUUUGUGAACUGUUACCAAAAAAAAAAAAAAAAAGAGAGAGAAGUCAGUAUUAUAUCGUUCUCAGACACUUUGGCGUUUGUUGGUCCUUCUCUGGCCUGCUCCUGGACCUCCUCGUGAAAUCUUACCAGGAAAAGCGUAAUGUCUCGGGGGAAACCCGCGAUGUCAUAGACGUCCUUCUCCCUCUCAGGAGAAGAUGCAAGGUGGAGUUGGACACAGUUAAUAAAAGCCAGGAACGAACCCAUGUGGACUCCAGGAAUGUGACUCGGGGCCUUCCCCCAUAGCUCGAGCAGCGGCUCACGCCGGGGUAAAGCAUUCCCACCCCUGUGUGCACGCUUCCCGCCUCCGUGUGCAAGCUCCGUGUACAGUCUGCACCCACCUUGUCUUCUGUGGCCGGGAAAAGUCAAACGAUUGUUUCAUUUCCUCCGUCAUCCAGAGUGCAGGGUGGUGGGAGGUGGUCAGGGCCUGGGACGCAGGGGCUGUAAUAAAGCACGUGGGCUCCUUAUCUGCAGUGGUAUUUCAGUUCUUCAGGUCCAUCCACGCAGACCCGUAUCCCCAAGUGUCAGUGGACUGCCUACUCCAAAGCAUUCGGGAUGGGAUUCAGCUGGAAUAAAGAUUCCCCAGAGACUCCGCGUCUCUGCUCUCCAAAUGGCCAGAAUUCAGGGUUGGAAAGCAUCUCGUUAAAAAUCCCUCACCUGUCCCCCCAUCCCAAGAUUGUAUUUUUCUCCACUCUAUCUGAAUGUUCUUGAAAUUUAGCUGUGUUCUGAAAUCAAUGUGAAAUUUGUGCAAAAAUAUUUUUGUUUAUCAUCACAUAAGA